CUCUCACUUAAAGCGCGUUUAAAUACCCAGUUUAACCCUCUUUCUAACCAUUUCCCACGCGCCUCUUUCUCAAUUCUCACUUCUAUAUAAACCCUCAUCUACCUCUUCAAUCUCCUCAAAUUCAAACCUUCAAAUUUCAUCCAUUGUUAGAUUCAAAGAAUCGAAAAAAAACAUUCACAAGACAAAAAAAAUAAUCUAUCAUGUCAUACUCUGGAGCAGAAUCGAGUAUGGAAGACGUCGUUCAUCGGCAGAACGGAUCCGUUGGUGGGGCCGGAAACCGCCGUCACCGUAUGAAAGAAUACGGCGGCGAUAGUUGCGGCGAUCCCGAGGCAUGGAACGAUUUUGCUGAUAGUUUCAGCAGAGUUCAAACGGUGUUAGAUCGGAACAGAGAGUUGAUCCAGCAAGCGAAUGAGAAUCAUCAAUCGAGAAUUCCGGAUAAUAUGGUGAAGAAUGUGGCGAUUAUUCAGGAAUUGAACGGAAAUAUUUCGAAGGUGGCAUCGAUUUACUCCGAUUUGUCGACGAAUUUUACAGGUAGGGUUAGGCAGCAGCGGCAGAAGGGAGGGAAUAGUAAUGGGAGAAGGAAUGGAGAUGAGUGACGAAGGAAGAAAAGUCAAAUUUUAAAAUAAGAUAAAAUAAAAUAAAAAAUAGUUCCUCUGUUUUUUUUUUUUUUUUUGUGUUGUGUUAUUGUACUAAUAAUUGAUAAUUAAUUACUAAUUAGUAAUAAAUCUAUGAUAAAAUAACGAUGAGUAUGAGUAAUUAGAGCUAAGAAAAGAAGGGGAUUUGACUCCUUUUGAUUUUUAUGAACAAAUUGUAAUAUUAUGCUACUAAUGUAUGGAUAACCAUUAAUUGGUAAUGAAUUGGCUUGAAUUUUUGUAGGUCU